CCCCGGGCGCAUACUUGGCCGUGAAGCAGCUCUCUCCCACAUUUCAGCACAAGAGAAGAAGCCAGACUACAAUACAGGCUUCCGGAAACCCCAAGCCGUCUUCCUCUUCUUCUUCUUCGACUUCGAUCAAUGGCGGCGAGGAACGCACUGCUAAAGUACCUGAGGGUGAAUGUUCAUCCAGUACAACCAUUUCUCCAAAACCCUAGAACGGUCAUUGGUGGCUCAAUUUCUAAUUUCCUAAGGCACCGUUGCUUCUCGGAGGAAGUUAGGGGCUCCUUCCUUGACAAGUCCGAGGUCACCGAUCGCGUCGUCACCGUCGUCAAGAACUUCCAGAAAGUUGAUCCUUCCAAGGUUACCCCAAGUGCUCAUUUUCAUAAUGAUCUUGGUUUAGAUAGUCUUGAUACUGUGGAGAUUGUUAUGGCUCUUGAAGAAGAGUUUGGAUUUGAGAUUCCAGACAAUGAAGCUGACAAGAUAAGCUCCAUAAAUCUCGCUGUGGACUUCAUUGCAUCUCAUCCUCAAGCAAAAUAGGGGAACAUCAAUCACUUCAAUUAUGAUUUUGCCUUGAGAACUUGCACCAUGAGGGGAUAGUGUUCCAACGCCUACAACUUUUUGUACCAUCCAUUUUGCUAGAUUUCUAUUCCAUAAUCUGCAUUCUGGUUGGGAAUUGUUCUCUGCUGAGAUACUUCAGUUUUUUUGGCUUCAAGCUAGGUUAUCAAAGCUGCAAAUACAGUUAAUAAUUUGCAUUCCUACUAAAACUUGUGAUCUUUGUAAUUCAAUUGUUCAUGUUCCACCCAUGCUACCGACUAAUUGUUUUCUUA